AUGCACGAAUCUUCUGUCGCCUCAGCACUCCACCAAGCCGGGAUACUCACCGCAACGCGAGAAAGCCAACACGAGGCCGAAUCAGCUUUCUACAAAGCCGCGGUCUUCACCUUCAAUGCUGGCAUCCCACCCGCAAGCAUCAGGGACUUGCGACAGAAAUUGGAUCGGGUGCCAACUCGCAUCCUGCGCCAUAUGAACGCGCUAACGAUCCGCGACGGGUGGACUUCUUACGCGUUGCCUGGCGUCCUGGGAUUCUUCGAGGACAAUGAAAUGGCGGUCCAUGUCGAGAUGGUCGCCAACGUUUCGAGUUUUGAACGAGCGAAGGAUGCUCUAAAGCGUGGAGCCAUCAUUAAAGACUCGAUGCAGCACAGCCGCUCAGGGCUAAGCUGGUACGUACAUUAUGACUCGAGCGAGGUGCAUACGCAAGCGGGAUGGCAGCCGGCCUAG